GUGCGGCCGAAUUCGCUUUGAGUUGGAAUUAAAAUCCCCUUGCUUGUUCGAGCGAGUGCGAGACUCCUCGAAGGUGUUCGAAAAGAAAAAUUUUGUCACAUGCCGUACUGAAGGUCUGUGGUCGUGAAGCAUGGCAAACAAAAAGAAGAAAUACAACGCCAGGUUCCCGCCCGCAAGAAUCAAGAAAAUAAUGCAGAAAGACGAAGAAGUCGGCAAAGUAGCCGCACCAGUACCUGUUAUCAUCUCUCGAGCUCUCGAGCUUUUUGUAGAGUCCCUUGUAACGCGUGCCAGUGAAAUCACGAGGUCAAGAAGUGCCAAGACGCUCUCCACGUCUCAUCUGAAGGCGUGCAUUCUGGCGGAUGAGCGCCUGCUCUUCUUGAAGGAGUUGGUUUCCUCGGUUCCCGACGUCCAGGGUGACGAGGAACCCUAUGAGGUACCCCCUGUGCGGCCUAAACUUACAGGUGUCCGGAAGCUUCGUGCCAAGAAUGGAAGCACUGAUGUCCCUGGACCCAGUCACUCCACUGCGGAAGAGACGGACAGUGCGGAAGACGAGGAGGACGACUACUUGGAAGAGGAGACAGAUGACGGGAGCAGCGAGAACACAGCUGAGGCUCCGUAUCCACCACUUUAUCCAGGUGUUCGGAAAACUGCUUACCUCCAGCCCCCAACAUUUCCACCUACCAUCCCUCACCUGCCCCAGUUCCCAGCAAACCUCAUGGCCAGUUCAGCAGCGAACAUCAUGGCCAGCUCAGUGGCAAACAUCAUGGCCAGUUCGGCGGCAGCAGCAGCGGCGGCGGCAGCUGCAAAGCCAGAUGAUGAUUAUGAUUCUUGAGGACUUGACAGGACUUCAAACACACACACA